AUGUCCUCGGAUACGGCGGAAUCGGUCUCUGCGCAAAUCGCCUCGCAAGGCGCCAUCGUGAAAGCGUUGAAACUUUCCGGGAAAACAAACGACGACCCGGACGUGUCUUCGGCCGUCUCGCAUUUGAAACAGUUAAAAGCAAAGUUAGCCGAGCUCACCGGCGUGGAAGAGAUUGUUGGCGGCAGGGAAAAGAAGAAAAAAAAGGACGGAGGAGGGAAAAAACCAGCACCAUCGUCGACGAACAAAGAGAUGAAGAAAGAGACGAAACUGGGGAUGCACGUCGGGAUCAACGAAGAUUUCGGGGCGUGGUACUCCCAAGUCGUCGUCGAAGCGGAACUGAUUGAUUAUUACGACAUCAGCGGGUGUUACAUUUUACGUCCGUACGCGUUCACGCAAUGGGAGUACAUUCAGGAGUUUUUUAACAAGGAGAUUAAAAAGUUGGGCGUAGAGAACGCGUACUUUCCGAUGUUUGUCUCGCAGUCUCGAUUGGAAGCGGAGAAGGAUCACAUCGAAGAUUUUAGCCCAGAAGUCGCGUGGGUGACGAGAUCGGGGGAUUCAGAGUUGGAGUGUCCAAUUGCAGUCAGGCCGACGUCGGAGACGGUGAUGUACCCGCACUACGCGAACUGGAUCCGGUCGCACAGAGAUUUGCCGCUGUUGUUGAAUCAGUGGUGCAACGUCGUGAGAUGGGAGUUUAAACACCCGACGCCGUUUAUCCGGUCGAGAGAGUUUUUAUGGCAGGAAGGGCACACGGCGCACGCGACGAAGAAAGCGUGCGACGAGGAGGUGAGGACGAUUUUAGAUUUGUAUCGACAAGUGUACGAGGACUUGUUAGCCGUGCCGGUGAUUCCGGGGGUAAAGAGCGAGAAGGAGAAGUUUGCCGGAGGUUUGUAUACGACCACCGUGGAAGCGUUCGUGCCUUACACUGGAAGAGGGAUUCAAGGCGCGACCAGUCAUUGUUUGGGACAGAAUUUUGCAAAGAUGUUUGACAUUACCUUUGAGAACGAUAAAGGCGGACGAUCCAUGGUGUGGCAAAACUCGUGGGGGAUGACGACGAGAAUGUUGGGCGUGUGUUACAUGGUGCACGGUGACGACGUCGGGUUGAGGUUACCACCGAGAAUUGCGCCGAUACAAGUGGUCAUCGUGACCAUUCCAAACUCAAAGUUGAGCGAAGAGAAGGCGCAGAUGUUGAAAGGUAUGUUUUUCGUCUCGCGACAUAAAAAUCGCGAUUUUGUUUUUGCGCGUUUGUUUCUCGUACCGACUCUCUUACCUUGUGUUUGCGACUUUAUUCGUGUCGUCGACGCUCUUUUCAUAAAGAGUCGAAGAUUAAAGAUUAGAAUUACUCCUUUACCAAUAGUCCAUCGAAGUUAUCGUUGGGUUAUAAUGGCUUGGAGCCGACAUUUUUUUUUUCAUUUCUUUCUGUUGGUUUUUUUUUGUCUCUCUCACUCACUCACUCACUCACUCAUUCACUCACUCGCGCUUUCAAAAUCAAACACAGAUAAUGCUGAAGCGAUCGGGAAAUCUCUCACGGAUAGCGCGAAUGUCCGCGUCAAGACGGAUACCAGAGACAACUACACGCCGGGAUGGAAGUAUUCGCAUUGGGAAGUUAAAGGCGUUCCGAUUCGUCUCGAGUUUGGACCGCGGGAUUUGGACAACGAAACGUGCGUUUUAGUUCGCAGAGACACUCGCGAAAAAGAGGUGUGCAAAUUAGCCGACGUAAACGCGAGAGUGCCAGAGCUUUUGGUUGAAAUUCAACAAAACAUGUUCAAUCAAGCCAAGGCGAUUCGCGACACGUCUACGAUUACGGUCACGGAAUGGAAAGAUUUCGUCCCGGCGUUGGACAAAAAGAAGAUGGUGUUGACCCCGUGGUGCGAGACGAAAGAGUCCGAAGAAGAGGUGAAGAAACGCUCGUCGGAAGAAAGCGAAGGCGGGGCGGCGAAGACGUUGUGCAUCCCAUUCAUUCAGCCGCCGUUAAAAGAAGGAACGAAGUGCUUCAUCACCGGGAAACCUGCCACGGUCUGGGUGUUGUGGGGAAGAUCGUACUAA